UGUGUGUGUGUGUGUGUGUGUGUGUGGGCGCUUGCAGGCAGAGGAACUAUUCCUGUGGGUUCCUAGGAAAAUGCUCAUGACGGUGGAGUCGGCCCAGAACUCUGUACUGGGUCCUCUAUACAGCCAGGACAGGAUCCUACAGGCCAUGGGCAACGUGACGCUGGCCUUCCACCUGCUGUGUGAACGAGCCAAUCCUGUUUCAUUCUGGCUGCCGUACAUCCGCAGUCUUCCUCAGGAGUAUGACACACCACUAUUCUACCAGCAGGAUGAGGUGCAGUUGCUGCUGGGCACACAGGCAGUGCAGGACAUACUGAACCAGUAUAAAAACACUGCACGCCAGUAUGCAUACUUCUACAAACUAGUACAGACUCAUCCAGCAGCCAGCAAACUGCCCCUGAAGGACAGCUUUACAUUUGAUGACUACAGGUGGGCGGUGUCGUCUGUGAUGACCCGUCAGAACCAGAUCCCUACUGUGGAUGGCAGCCGGGUCACUCUGGCCCUCAUCCCCCUCUGGGACAUGUGUAACCACACAAAUGGACUGAUCACCACUGGCUACAACCUGGAGGAUGAUCGCUGUGAGUGUGUGGCACUGCAGGACUACAAGGAGAAUGAACAGAUCUACAUCUUCUAUGGUACAAGAUCCAAUGCUGAGUUUGUCAUCCACAAUGGCUUCUUCUUUCAAGACAAUGCCCAUGACCGAGUGAAGAUCAAGCUGGGCAUCAGUAAGAGCGAACGACUCUACGCCAUGAAGGCCGAAGUGUUGGCACGAGCCGGCAUCCCAGCGUCCUGUAUCUUUGCUGUGCACUGUAAUGAACCCCCCAUUUCAGCCCAGCUCCUAGCCUUCCUCAGAGUCUUCUGUAUGACAGAGGAGGAACUAAAGGACUACCUGCUUGGAGAUCGUGCAAUCAAUAAGAUCUUCACCCUGGGCAACAGUGAGUUUCCUGUCAGUUGGGAGAACGAGAUCAAGUUGUGGACUUUCCUUGAAACCCGAGCUGCUCUGCUGCUCAAGACCUACAAGACCACAUCAGAGGAGGACCGCUCCAUACUUGAGAAACCUGAUCUAUCUAGCCAUUCUCGCGUGGUGAUCCAGCUCCGCCUGGCUGAGAAGCAGAUCCUGGAGAAGGCAUCAACCAGUGGACGAGCCAAACGUCUGUACUUCGAGAAGAAGCUAGAGGAGGGUGCACCGUUACCUCACUACGAGGAAAGCGAUAUUGCUUUGCUGGAGAAUACAGAUGCAGAUGCAAAGCUUCCUAUUAUCUUGCGUAAGCUGGAGGAGGGGGAAGAAGAGAUCCAGAUGGAGGAACACUGUCACCUCCUGAAUGGGGAGAAGUCUGUGUAUGCCAUGGAUAUGGGGGCUAAUGGACAGCCAGUGCAGGAGGAGACUGUGGAGGUCAGGAAAGAUGUUAACUCAGCUUUGGACUCAAUUGGAUGUUCAAUGCAGAAGGGCCAAAGGGAAAUGGCCAAUCUAAGUGCCAGUCGAACUGAGGAGAAUUCCAACAGUGAAUAAGUAUAAUCCACCUACUGCCAUAGCCCGUGCUAUUUAUUUAUUUCUGUGUCUCUUCAACGACUCAGAAAUAUAGAAGAUGAAAAAAAUUGAAUUCAAAGUUGCAGAACUUUUCUGACAUUUGUCGAGCGCUUUUCUUAGUUGUCCGCUGCUAAACUUUCAAACUUUAAAAAUGCUGGCAGUGUGUCCCUCGGCCUCCUGUGCAGAACAGGAUUUGAUUAAAUUAGCUUUUCAGUUUAAAACACACACUCACAUUGAAACAUUUGAGGCCAAGGAGCCAAGAAAGAAAGCAAAGGGGACACCGUGGACUGGUUGGGUGAAGACAAAAAAACAAGAUGGAGUGUUGAAUGUUAUUUCCACAAAGCCAAAAUCUCUCUAGUCUUGUGAAUUGGUUGGUUUAUUACUACAGUUUGUCUCCAUAGGAGUCCAGUAUGUUUUGAGUUGACAAUCAUAUUCUCUAGUGCAUUUCGUGAAUUAAGCCCAUCACUGCCCUCUCUUCCAUUUUUUCUCUGGUUCAGAUCAUUUCAGGUAAAACAACUGAAGGAAACCUAAAGAGCUGUCUCUGAGAACACUUGUUUGAAAUGGAUGCUGUUAGUGUUCAGUAUGACAGACCAAAGUGGAAGAUGGUUUUGCUUUCUCAUUAAACAUGUUCACCAUCCAAUUGUAAAUGUUCUGUCUUUACGUAGCUGCAGCCUCAAAUAAACAAAGAGUUCAGUUUUAUUUAGUCUUUUCAAAAAUAUCUUUAUGAAUGUACUCACUUUAUGUUUCAGUGAUUAUUUGCUGAUGUCACCAAAAGGGUGUGUUGAGUGACCCAGUGAUCACUGCUAUUGCCUCAGAGAAAGCCAUACAACAUGAGACACAACAUGGUGGUGGCUCAUGUGAGUCCUCCUGUCCUAAACCUUUAGUUUGACUUCUUUAAAAUGAGGCAAUUUCAACUCUGUACUUUUUGUAUGAAAAACAGUUUGUCUUCAAUGGCCUCAAUAACUGAUGCAAAGAGCACCACAGACUACGCCAGUCUCUGACACUGAUGCAGCGUAGAGGGAAAAAUGUGCAAUGUUGCCCAUCUUUCUUAUCAGCUCCAACAUUUUACUUUACUUUCAAAUAUGGCCAUGCAUAGUUUGAGUUGAGCCCAUUAUCUCACCUGUUAUGUCGUGGGUUUGUUACUUUCAUACAAACAACACAUGAUUAAUAUAGUUUAGAGUUUCUCUAUAGGCCCAACUAUUAGUUUUGUAUGAGCUUUCAACCACAUUUCAUGGGCCAUAAGAACACACUCUGCACUGAUUAGCUGAUUGUGGGACAGUUCUAGUUGGAUAUAGGGGAGAUCGUACUGGCUUAAGCAUUGCUUACACAUGAUCUCCACAUGUCCACUGACUCCAUUAUUUUUACCCCCCACCAGACCUCUCAGUUAGGGUCAGCAGAUGACUAGAGAAAGAUCAAGAAGAAGAUGUGGUUGAAAGUCCUAAACAGUAAUAGUAAUGGAAGAUCAGUUACUGUACUAAGUUCAUUUUGGCAAAUCAUUUAGUCAAGAAUGGACUAAGGCUCACCGUUGAUGAUCUCUGGUAUCUACUCUGACGGUUUGCUGGUUCUAUGAGUAAAGAUUGUGCUUACCAUUAAAAACGUGUUGAACAGAGUGAACCAUGCACUGCUGCUGUCCAUUCAAUAGAAGCACUCAUUGUCAUUGUAUUGUUUGAAGGUUGUGCAAUGAAUAAACAGAUUUGAAGUAUCUUAA